AUGGCAACUAACAAUAUUGGUGCAGCUGCUAGGUCAGAGAUUGUUGUUAGGUACAGAGAGUGCCGCCGAAACCACGCCGCACCAAUCAUGCGCUACGCUGUGGACGGGUGCGGUGAUUUCACUCCGGCCGGGGAGGACGGAACCCCGGAGGCAUUACUCUGUGGGGCCUGCAGUUGCCACCGCAGCUUCCACAGGAAGGAAGUGCAGGAGCUGCAGCCACCUCCUCUCCACCGCCACCCCAUCACCACCUUUCUUCCUCCUCCGCCACCAAUACCACAACCCCAUGUUGCAACAUACAAUGAUCCGGUGCCACAGGAUGAGGUGAGGCCGGGGGAGUGGCUGGACGGAGGGGAGAUCGAGGAGGAGGUGGGGGCGUCGGGGAGGAAUAAGAAGGGGAGGACGAGGCUGACGCCAGAGCAGAAGGAGCGGAUGAGGGUUUUUGCAGACAAAUUGAGUUGGAGAGUGCAGAAGUAUGAUCGUGAGGAAGAGAUUGGAAUGUUUUGUGUGGAGAUUGGGAUCACACCACAGAUUUUCAAGAAUUGGGUCAACAACAACAGGCACAAGAUGGAAAAUGGACAACCAUCUUCGACUCCAAAGUGCUAA